GAAGCUUAUCUUGUAGCCCGAUCCAUUCUGUGCUGGCAGUCUAUUUAAGUGGCGCUGUCAAAGCUCAUCUCCACAAAUAGUGUUCUUCCUUUACAUUCAGAAUGUCUUUUUGCUCAUUUUUUGAUGGCGAGGUCUAUAAAGACCAUUUCAAACCAGGUAUGUAUGUGUGUUCUCAGUGCAACAACCCGCUGUUCUCCAGCAGGUCUAAGUUCCUCCACUCCUCCCCGUGGCCUGCCUUCACUGAGACCAUCAAAGAGGACAGUGUCACCAAGAUGAUGGAGUCACUCACAGCCUUCAAGGUGCUUUGUGGGAAGUGUGGUAACGGACUAGGCCAUGAGUUUGUCAACGACGGUCCGGAGGAAGGUAUCUCACGAUUCUGAAUAUUCAGCAACUCGCUCAAGUUUGUCCCAAAUAAAGACAAACAGUAAGUCGAGUUGAGGAGCCCAAGCAGGUAGCUGUAGCCUCACAUCACAGCCCUGUGUAAGGGACUGGUCAGUAUGUGACGUGGACAGGAACAAGGCCCAGGAGGGACACCCUGUACACUGAUGACUCUAUGACCAGCCUGGAAUACAGGGACACUCUAGAGAAACAUUAUUUUCCCCCAAGAUAGUUGUUCUAUAGACGUGGUAGUGUUUUUCAGUGCAUCACAGAUCUAAAGGCAUUCCUUGAAAACCUCUUAUAAUAAGCAUGCAGAUCUAGUUCAUCUUUAAGAUAUAGGUUACAUUAAGAUAUAGGUUACGUUAAGAUAUAGGUUACGUUAAGAUAUAAGCCUAUGGUGGAUUAUAUGCUUUUUAUGCUAAGCUGCAUUCCAUUGCUUUGUAGCAGUUCAAGCAUGUGAAGCAAUUAGAGUUUUUUUUUUUGUAUUUUAGUUAUUUGAUUAUUUAUUUGAAUAUACUUACCAUGUAUUCUGUAAGGAGGGGACACAGUUGGUGCAAGGUGUCAUGUUCUUGAAAAAAACUCUCACUGCAAUUUAGCCAAAGACAUACGCAGGCUUGCUAUCACAUCUAUGCAUUUGAUGUACAUGUAUACUACUCAUUGAAAUAUCACUUCCUUAUAUUAUGUAGAUAAAUAUUGAACAAUUAGCUGAAUUUCGGGUUGUAUGGACCAUUUGUGAUUUAACAUUGCUACAGUAUAUUUGCACAUUGAGCCAUGUGAAAUGGCAUACUUGAAUUGACUAGCAUGAUUGCUUAUUAUUUAUAUGAUCUCGUAUGUCAUUUAUGACUUGGAGUCUUCUGUUGUGUGAUUCCCAUGACAUUCUUUUAAUUAAUACAUGUUCUAACUGGCAAUGCAAAUGGAAUAAACAAUGAUUUUUCUGGUAUUAAUACAAUUGCACUGAUGAAAUGCAGAUGCUUUGUUUAUCGGUCAUGAUUCUAUUAUAUUGAUAACAAUAAAUUACUAUAGUUUACUAAAACCA